ACUCCCCUCUGCAAUUUCUCUUCUCACUCUUCAAUCAUCUCCAUCUCCAUCUCCAUCAAUCCCUCCAUGGCGAUCCCGGAGAGGCUGCUCCGGUACAGAUUCCACCUCCUCGCCGCCCUCCUCCUCGCCCUCGCCUCCUCCGCCCUCGUCUACGCCGCCCCCAGAUUCGUCACCGUCCUCGCCUACUUCUGGCCCCUCCUCCUCUCCACCGCCCUCUUCCUCGUGGCCGUCGUCGUCUUCGGCAAGACCUCCCCUCCCGCCGCCGCCGACGCCUCCGGGAAGGACCUCAUCGACUACGUCGCCGGUCAGCCGGUGCCCGACGCCCCCCUGGAAACCCCCCACAACGAGUAGAUUUUCAAGAUAGAGAGAACCCCCCCAAAUCUUUUCCUAAUCUUUUGGUAAUUUCUGACUCUUCUUCUUCUUUCCCGUCAAGUUUCUUCCUUUCUCUUCGUUUGAGUUCUCUCUAUUGGGUCCGUAGUUUGACUGAAAUAAAUAGCUCAUUAAUGAA